GCAGGGGCAGGGUCACGGGAAGCCGGGCAGGGGCUGACUCUGCCGCCGUCUCCCCGCAGGUCCCUCACACCACCACCACCAUGCCCACUUCCACGCCUCCGAGGCCCACGCGGGGGGCAGCCCACUCCACCCCGCCCUCGAGCUCCGACGCCGACCUCGAGGGGAGCCGCCCUCGGCCUUCACUCUUCGCCCUGGCCUCGCCAAGCUUCCAGGGCUGCAGCCGCAAGGAGCAGGAGGAGGGGUCCGGCAGCAGGACAGGCUGCAUCCCUCAGAGGAUGAGGCACCAUAGUGCUGAACACAGCAACGAUACAGACACGGACGAUCUGUCAUCUUUGGAAAAUUCCCUCUCAGCAUGGGAAGAGUGGUUCAUUUGCAAAGAAAAAGAGCUGCGUGCUCGUUUUCAAGCACAAGCUUUGGAGGCAAUGCAUAAAGAAAUGGAAAAAAUGAAAGAAAAUGAAGAACGUGAAAAGAAAAAAAUAAUUGCUGCAGAGAAACACAGAGAAUGGGUCCAACGAAAGAAUGAAGAGGAAAAGAGGGAAAGGGAACGUAAGCUCAGCAAAGAGAUGGCAGAAAAAGCAGCCAAAGAACUUAAGAAAGCACAGUCAAGGGAAAAAGCAAGAGAAGUGUAUCUGGAAUGGCUGAAGAAAAAGAACACAGAAGAGGUUCAGAAGAAGAAGGACGAGAAGGAGAAAGAAAAGCAGCUAGAAGCUGAAUUGCAGGAGAAAAAACAAAAAUCAGAAAAGAUGUUCAAAGAAUGGCUGCAAAACACGAAACAGAAGGCCCGUCCAGAAUCAGCUGUUUGUGUUGACGAAAAUGGGAAACUUCCUGGAUUCCCAGAUGGAAGUGUCUAUCCAGCUCCAUCUUUUUGCAACCCCAUACCUUGGAAACCAAUCCAUGUGCCUCCUCCUAAGGAAGAGAAGUAUGUUUCAGUGAAGAAAAAUAAGAGGCCUAUACCCAGUCAUUCACAUAGACAUUCUUCAAUGCUUUUUCAUAAAUCCAAGAAUGAUCUUUAUAUUGGACCUUUGUGCAGGAUUAAGAGAUAACCCUGGGCAUUUUAUUCAUUUUUUUAAUGUUUAAUUAAUGUUGUAAGAUGUUACAUUAAGACCAAAAUAUUGUAAGUGCCUGUGAUUUCUUAACACUUCUUGCAAAUGUUUUUGUAUGUACAAAAGGAAUCUGAAAGACAAUAAAUGGCAUAUGAAUGUUAAUAUCUUUUCUAUACAAUGUAUUCUGAGUUUCAUCCUAACAAUAAAAAGUAAUUUUUUCCA